AUGAAGAAUUGCAAUUCUUCUAGCACACCAACAGAGGUGGGUUUGAAGUUAGUGAAAGAUCCUGAAGGAAAGAGAGUUGAUAGUACCAUGUACAAGCAAAUUGUGGGAAGCUUGAUGUAUUUAACUUCAACUAGGCCAGAUAUAAUGUAUUCUGUGAGUCUCAUAAGUAGGUACAUGGAGAAUCCUACUGAGAUGCAUCUCUUUGCUGCCAAGAGAAUUUUUCGAUACUUGCAAGGUACGGCUGACUUUGGAUUGCUCUACAAGAAGGGAGAAAGCUCAAACUUGAUGGGCUUCACUGAUAGUGAUUACGCCGGAGAUCAAGAUGAUAGAAGAAGCACUUCCGGAUAUGUAUUUAUGAUGGGUUCGGGAGCUAUUUCAUGGUCAUCAAAGAAGCAGCUGAUUGUCACUUUAUCAACCACUGAAGCUGAAUUUGUUGCAGCAACUUCAUGCGCUUGUCAAGCUAUUUGGUUGAAGAAAAUUCUCGAAGAACUUCAUGUUGAGAGCCAAGGACCUACUGUGAUUUAUUGUGACAAUAGUUCAGCAAUAAAGCUCUCCAAAAAUCCUGUUUUACAUGGAAGAAGCAAGCAUAUAGAUGUCAAGUUUCAUUUCUUGAGGGAUCUGACGAAGGAAGGAGUUAUUGAUCUCAUCUAUUGCAGAAGUGAGGAUCAAGUUGCUGAUAUCUUUACCAAGUCCCUCAAGUUGGCUGCAUUUCAAAAGCUGAGAAACCUGCUUGGUGUCCAGAAGUUGUAUUAA